UAUCUCAUAGCUAUAUAUAUUCAUCCAUAUUCCAUACCACUAAACAACAACAAUGGCACAUUCAUUGAAAAUUCCCUUCUUCCUCUUCUCCACCCUCUCCAUCAUUCCAUUAUCCCAUCAACUCGAACAACACCCACUUGACUCACUAACUGCAAAAGAGUUCAUCCGAGUUCAAGCCAUUGUUAAUCAAUCACACCCCACUUCCACCACCAACUUAACCUUCCAAUACAUAGGCUUAAACGAACCAGAUAAACAAGCCGUCCUUUCAUGGCUAAAAAACCAUCCCACCACCACACCACCACCACGGCAAGCCUUCGUCGUCGCACGUAUAAACCACCAAACACACGAACUCAUCAUCGAUUUAUCACGCGACGACAUCGUUUCCGAUCGGAUUCACCACGGUUUCGGAUACCCUUCACUCACUUUCCAAGAACAAAUCGAUGCCGACCAGCUGGUGUCCAACCAUGCACCCUUCUUGGCCGCCUUAAACAAGAGAGGACUCAAGGCCGAAAAGGUCGUUUGCGGGAGUUUCACCGUAGGAUGGUUCGGCGAGACUAAGCAAAACGGAAGGGUCGUUAAAAUCAUGUGUUAUUACUUAGACGGGACUGUUAAUUUGUAUAUGAGACCAAUAGAAGCCAUCACCGUCACAGUUGAUUUAGAAGCAAUGAAGAUAAUACAUUUUCAAGAUAGGCUCGUCGUCCCGGUGCCAAAAGCCGCCGGAACCGAUUACAGAGAAUCCAAGCAAAAGCCACCUUUCGGACCGGAGUUGAAAGGAAUCACCGUUGUUCAACCGGACGGUCCGAGUUUCACCAUUGAUGGAAGUAGAGUUAGGUGGGCUAAUUGGGAUUUUCAUCUGAGUUUCGAUGCUCGGGUCGGUCCGAUCGUAUCCUUAGCGUCCAUAUACGACACCGAGAAGCAGGAAUUCCGUCGAGUGAUGUAUCGGGGAUUCGUAUCAGAACUGUUCGUACCGUACAUGGAUUUAACCGAGGAAUGGUACUACAGGACAUUCUUUGAUGCUGGGGAAUAUGGGUAUGGUCUAUGUGCAGUGCCACUUGAACCUCUAAGGGAUUGCCCAGCCAAUGCAGUUUACAUGGGUGCCUUUGUUGCUGCCCAAAAUGGGAUGCCCAUUGAGAUGCCUAAUGUUUUCUGCAUCUUUGAACGCAAUGCUGGUGAUGUAAUGUGGCGACACACCGAGACUAUGAUUCCACCAGACCUGAUUACAGAGGUAAGACCAGAUAUGAGCCUAGUGGUCAGGAUGGUUUCAACCGUUGGAAAUUAUGACUACAUUAAUGACUGGGAAUUCAAGCAGAUUGGUUCCAUUAAAGUCACUGUUGGACUAACUGGUUUACUUGAAGUAAGGGGCUCAAAAUACACCCACAAGGACCAAAUUGAUGAAGAAGUUUAUGGCACAUUAUUGGCUGAAAACACAUUGGGUACCUACCAUGACCAUUUCAUCACUUACCACCUUGACCUUGAUGUGGAUGGUGAGCCCAAUUCCUUUGUCAAAUCCAAAUUGCAAACUGUUAAAGUCACUGACCAAACCUCACCUAGGAAAAGUUAUUGGAAGGUUGUGAGUGAAACGGCCAAAACCGAGUCCGAUGCUAAAAUUAAACUCGGGCCAGAUUCGGCCGAGGUCUUGGUUGUCAACCCUAACAAGAGAACUAACAUGGGUAACUUCGUCGGCUACCGUUUGAUCCCGGGAUCGGUCGCCAGUCCACUUAUGACCGACGAUGAUUAUCCGCAGAUUCGAGCGGCGUUUACUGAGUAUAAUGUGUGGGUUACACCCUAUAACAAGUCUGAGAAAUGGGCAGGGGGGGUAUAUACUGAUCAAAGCAGGGGUGAUGACACUUUGGCUACAUGGACCAGCAGGAAUAGAAGAAUAGAGAACAAGGACAUUGUAUUAUGGUACACAUUAGGUUUUCAUCAUGUACCUUACCAAGAAGAUUUCCCGUUGAUGCCGACGAUAAGCACGGGAUUCGAGCUCCGGCCGGCCAACUUUUUCGAGUACAAUCCGGUGCUUAAAGUGAAAGGUCCUAACAAUGUCAGGGGGCCUAAUUGCUCUGUAUCAAGCUCGGGACUUAACUGAAUCAGCUUCAACAACACCCAUAAAGACCAGUAACAAUGAUUUUGUUUGCUAUUUUCUUUUUGCCUCUUAUAAAGAUCAUGAUUUUCUGUAAUUACAGAUUAGCAUGGAAAUGAAAUUUAAUGGGUUAAAAUUUUGGAUUAUAAAUUUUGAAAAGUUAAAAUAUAAUUUUAUCAUAUUUUAUCGUAAUAA